UGGUCCGAAGAACAUGUGACGGUAAUCCACGUCCGCGAAACGCAUCGCAAAGACAGAGGGGCUCCGGAUAACCGAGAUCUGAGUGGAAGUUGGUGUGAUGUUAUGUUUCAGUGCAUAUUUGUUUUGGGAUGGAUUUAGAAGAGGCUUUUCAAGUUGUAGGGGAAUUUGGAAUAUGCCAGAAACGCAUGAUCGCGGUGUUAGUUUUACUUCAGAUUUAUAUGGCUUUCCAGUCGAUGCUUAUAGUGCUUGUCGGGGCGGUACCUGAUUACCACAUUGAGAAAGGUCUGAAUCCCGAUAGCACCGAGGAGGAACUCUUCAAACACGUAACUUUCACAGAAGACCUUAGUUCUAUUGUUACAGAGUGGUUCCUGGUAAAAGAUCAGGCUUACAAGGUGAGCCUGGCCGGCUCCCUGUUUUUUGCUGGUGUCCUACUCGGGAAUGUGCUUUUUGGGCCCCUGUCAGACAAAAUUGGAAGAAAACCAGUAUUUCUUACAGGCCUGUUCUUUGAGGUGCUGUUUGGCUACGCCACUGCUUUUGCGCCCAGUUAUGAAACGUUCGCUCUCUCUCGCCUGCUGGUGGGAAUGAUGAAUGGCGGCAUGGCGCUGGUGUGUUUUGUGCUCAGUCAGGAGUACGUGGGGAAGUCCUACUGGGCAAUGACAGGAACUUUGUCCAAUAUGACGUUUGCAGUGGGAAUCGCACUCUUUGCUGGCCUUGGUUACUAUGUGAGACACUGGCGCACCCUAGCAACGGCAGCUAACUCGCCUGGUGUGCUGUUUUUCCUUCUGUCAGUGAACUUUCCGGAGUCCCCGCGCUGGCUGUACUCACAGGGCCGGUCGGAGCAGGCCGAGCAGGUGCUGCUGUACCUGGCCCAGCAGAACGGUCGGGACCAGACCCAGCUGAAGCUGAAACAGAACUCGGCCUCCACUCAGAACGGCAGCCGCAGGCCCGGGAUACUGAACCUGAUCACUCACCCGGUGCUCCGAUGGAGGACUGUGGUCCUCAUGUAUGUGUGGUACGCCUGCAGUUUGGUGUAUUACGGGCUGACGAUGAACGCUGGUGGGGACACAGGAAAUCGCUACGUCACGGUAGCCAUGUACGGGCUGGUGGAGCUUCCUGCUUACCCGCUGUGCAUCUACUUCAUUAACAAACCCUGGGCUGGAAGACGCAAAACUAUGGCGAGCUUCCUCGCUCUUGCAGGGUUUUCCUGUUUGUUUACAAUGCUGAUACCAGUCCAGACAGGUUUGGGGUUCAAUGGCACAUCUUUAGCUUUGCUAGGAAAGCUGUUGGUCAGUGCUGCCUUCAACAUUGUGUAUGUUUACACGUCUGAGCUGUAUCCCACCGUGAUUCGGAACGCUGGACUUGGAGUCUGUUCAAUGUCAUGCCGAUUUGGAGGAAUUCUAGCACCAUUUGUACCUUCUUUGAGAGCGCUGCACCAGUCCAUGCCCUUUGUGGUGUUCGGCCUGAGCGGGAUCUCUGCUGGCUGCCUGAGUCUGCUGCUGCCGGAAACCCUGAACAGACCCAUCGCCGAGACCCUGGAGGAGCUGCAUAGCCCCGCCUACCAGCGCAUCCUGGAGAGACAGGUUUACUUGUUUGAAGAUGAUCAGUCCAAAGACAAACUUCUGCAGUGAGAUGGACUUGCUUACCACAAAGGAGGGACCACAAUCAAACAGAAGGUUCAUGGAAAGAGAAGUUCUUCUGUCGUCUGUCUGAGAAUUGCCUGUCUGUGGUGUAUGAAUAAGAUUCUUUAAAAAUGAUUUAAUAUAUAAAGGACUGACACAAGAUACUAUGGAGAGGAGUUGGCCGUCUAGCUGGACAGCUUUUUGGAUGACUUCUCUCAAACUCUUGGCCACAGUGGUCUUCUAAGUUCUCGCCGAACACUGAAGGCCUUGAUUGGCUGGAAGAAAUGGACAACAGAGAUGGUGCCAGUGGUUGCCAUAGGAACAUUCCUCACAUUUAGAGACCUCGAUCCCCAUUUAUUCCAUGUUAUGUGGAUUUGUCUGACCGUCUUGCCUUUUCAGCCGAAUUAAAUGUUUUCGUCUUCAUCGUGUGCCUUAUGAGGAUCAAAUGUCAUCAACACUGAUGUUUUUAACGUUGAGAAAUUCACUUAAAUGCUCUAUUUUGAAUAGGAUACAAUUUUGUACCUUGUUUCAUACCAAAAGUACAACAGAGGUUACGUGGGACCAACCUGCCAUUACUGCCAAAGUGAAGAUCCUUUUCUUCUGCAUCUGUAAUUUUAUUAACAGUGAACGUUCAAUUGAGUAUGUAAAUGUCUAUUUUUCAUGGUCGGUUCAUUUGUUUAAGUUGAUCUGCUGGUCAGAUCACAUGCUGCUGAUGAAAGUCUGAAACGUAACACCUGCUGCAGCAUGGAGCUCACUGCCGUUUUUUAUGGAGGCGGUCCCAGGACCCGCGCAAUAAGAGGCGAAGCGUCGGCCUCGUUUCGGCGCGGCAGUCCCAGAGAGCACCGUCACACGUCUCUGUCUGUUACACAAGUGUUUAAAGCAGCCUUCGUCUGGCGGCGUGCUGUUAGACGUGAUGGGGAACAAUAAACUCAGCUGCGAAUGUUCCGGCAUUGCUGUGGUUUGUUAGUUUUGGAAAUGGCUUGGUGCUCCCCGGUGGGUGGGGGAGGCGGGUGUGUGGUGUUGAACAAAACAAUCCAUGACUGUCCAAGAGUGUGUUUUAAUGGUCAUUUUAAAAUGUCUUGUGUACAAUAAAUAUCACUUGUACUUA